AUGCGACAGCCCACUCCAGAACCAGCUCAAGAACCAUUUUCAGAAACGUUUGAUUCCAUGCUCGCUCAGGAUAUCGACCCGCAGGUCUACGAUCUCUACGACGAAUAUUGUCAUGGUCAGAUUGAUCGGAGAGAAUUUUUCCGCCGCGCAACCGCGUUGACGAUAGGCGGUAUCACCGCGCUGUCCAUGGCGCAGGCGCUGUUACCUCGUUACGCUCAGGCGCAAACCAUCUCGUUUACCGAUCAGCGUAUCAAGCCGCGCUACGUUGACUACCCUUCCGCGGGGGGAACGUCAGGGCAAAUGCGUGGCUACCUGGUUGCCCCAAGCGGCGAAGGGCCGUGGCCUGCCGUGUUAGUUCUACACGAGAAUCGGGGCCUGAACCCGCACAUUGAAGAUGUUGCCCGGCGCUUCGCCGUCGAAGGGUUUUUAGCGCUGGCACCCGAUGGCCUUGCUCCAGUUGGCGGGUACCCGGGAAAUGACGAUGAUGGGCGUACCCUGCAGCGGAGCCUGGACAAGGGUCAAUUGCGCCAGGACAUGGUCAACAGCGCUAACUAUCUCCAACAGCACACAUUGGCCGGUGAAAAACUUGGCAUCACUGGAUUCUGUUGGGGCGGCAGCACGACCAACUUCUUAGCCUCAAAGCUCGGUGAUCAGGUCGCAGCGGCGGUACCUUUCUACGGCUCUGGCCUGAGCGCUCAAGAUACGGCGUCAGUUUCUGCCCAUUUGAUGAUUCAAUCGGCUGAGGAUGAUCCUAGAAUUAACGCUGCGUGGCCAGACUUCGAAGUUGCCUUAAAGGCAAACGGUAUCCAGUAUCAGCGCCACUUGUACCCGGCCACACGGCACGGCUUCCACAACAAUUCGACGCCGCGUUACCACGAACAAGCCGCGAAGCUGGCCUGGCAACGCACGGUCGACUUCUUCCGCCAUUGUCUGACUUGA